AUGUCGAAACGAAGUAUUAUGUUUCAUCCAAUCAUAAGUUCCAUACAGCGAAUAGCACUCUAUGAAACAAAAGCGAGGUUUUACUUAAUUGGCUCAAACAACACUGAAACCAGAUUCCGUGUUCUUAAAAUUGAUAGAACAGAUCCAAGAGAGCUAAUAUUAGUUGAUGACAAAGUGGAAUAUAACAAACAAGAAAUACAUCAGUUGCUUAAUAUGAUUGGCUUUGGCAACCGGAAUGGCAGAAAUUCAGGGCUUAAUAAACUUGUAUCUGCGUUCGGUAUUGUUGGUUUCAUAAGAUUCCUUGAAGGGUACUACAUUAUCUUGGUGACGAAGAGAAGAAAAGUAGCAGGUAUUGGGUCGCAUAGCAUUUAUAAAAUAGAAGACACUGCAACAAUAUACAUUCCAGUAGACGGUAACAAGCCUCAACACCCAGAUGAACAGAGAUAUUUAAAAAUGUUUCUCGCCAUAGAUCUAUCUACUAAUUUUUAUUAUAGUUAUAGUUAUGAUAUCACCCAUACAUUACAAAUGAACAUGGCACCUCCUAGGAAGCUUGCUCCAGCGUUAUUUCCUAAACCUGUAACUGCUGCUGUAUACCAUUCCAAUUUAAAGUCAAACUCUUAUCAGGAGAUGGACGAGAAUUGCGAAUGUCACAAAUACGCUGAGGAUGAUGAAGAUAUAUUUCAAACUUGGAAGAGUCAACUGGAACAGAGGAAGAAAACUGGACAUCAACCUCAAAGAUUGGACUUUGGAGUUCGCACUGUUCCAGAAUGGCGAUAUGUAUGGAAUAGUCACUUAUUAUCAGCCGUACAUUCACACUUACAUCCCGAUUGGAUCCUAUAUAUAGUUCAUGGGUUUAUCGAACAAAGCAAUCUGAAUAUAUUUGGUCGUCCAGUGUACCUUACUCUUAUUGCCAGAAGAAGCAAUAGAUAUGCUGGAACAAGAUUCCUAAAGAGAGGAGCCAAUAUGCAUGGCGAUGUUGCCAAUGAGGUGGAAACGGAACAAAUUGUACAUGACUCCAUGGUAUCGUCAUUUGCAGCAGGCAGAUUUAGCUCAUUUGUACAAAUGCGAGGCUCAAUACCAAGUUACUGGUCUCAGGAUGUGUCCAAAAUGGUUCCCAAGCCAGCUAUAUCAAUUGAUCUCAGUGACCCAUUUGCUGAAAUACCUGGCAAACAUCUAAACAAUAUGAUGAGAAGAUACGGAUCUCCAUUAAUCUUUUUGAAUUUAGUAAAGAAGAAGGAAAAAAAGAAGCAUGAAUCUCUUUUAACUGAUGUGAUAAGCAAUUCGAUUAAAUAUUUAAAUCAGUUUCUACCUCCUGAACAUGCUAUCCUAUACUAUCAUAUGGACAUGGCAAGAGUGAAUAAGGAAUCAGAUGCUAAAGUUUUAGACAAAUUAUCUGCAAUUGCUCGCACAGCAGUACGCAGAACUGGUAUAUUUCUAAGUUCGCGAGGUUACGGAGAGGAGACGGGAGUGGAAGGGCAUCAGGGUGGUCGUCUCCAAACUGGUCUUGUACGCGUGAACUGCGUCGAUUGCCUGGAUAGAACAAAUACCGCACAGUUUGCUAUCGGCAAGUAUGUAUUGGCCCACCAGCUAUAUGCUUUAGGACUCAUUGGAGAACCAAAUAUAGAAUUCGAUUCUGACUGUGCCAGACUCCUUGAAGGAUUGUACGAAGAUCAUGGAGAUACAUUAGCUUUACAAUAUGGCGGGUCUCAAUUAGUCCACAGAAUAAAGACUUAUCGCAAAACAGCUCCAUGGUCGUCUCAUGGUAAUGACAUCAUGCAAACAUUAAGUAGAUACUACUCCAACACAUUCUCUGAUGCAGAGAAACAGAACACCAUGAAUUUGUUCCUGGGUCUAUUUGUUCCUGAUCAAUCGAGGCCAGCCAUUUGGGAGUAUCAAAGUGACUAUUAUUUACAUCAUCCAGAAGCCAUCGUAUAUAUUCCAAGAAAUAGAUCACUUACCAAAUGGUGGGACGACGAUGUGCUUCGUCACCUUCCCCUACCAUGCAACGAGAUGAAGAAGCUCUGCUGCGAGAUCAUCGGCAUGCACGGUGACAGUAGCAGUACCAUUGAGAUGGUGGACCCCUAUCACGAUUAUAAUAGACCCUUUGAGUACACCGUGCUGAUGGACUGCUUUGAAUUUAAGAUGUUCCACACGCUUAGAGAUUUAGCUCCAACAUUUUCAGAAAAUUUUAGUCCCUUUGUAGUUCGUGGGCGUUCCAGUGACCAGACAAAGCGGCCUACUUCCAAGAACCCUGUCAUCAGCGGCCGCUCCAGCACUACCUCGAAUAAUUCCAGCGAUUCUAAUGGCGAUUCGUCGUCUGAUGAUGAUUUAACCAACUCCACUCCAGCGCUGCGGCUCUCCGUACCAUCGCCAUUAACAGUAGUGGCUAAGAUUUUAAAGGCUAAUGAGAUUGACGAAACACCUCUAUUCCCCGCUAUAAAGCGCAUGAAUAGAAUAUCUCUUAAUGAACCCAGUAAACGGGAUAUGGUCAUGUACAAACGGUACGUGAACUUUGAAAGGCGCUCCAACCCACGCUAUAAGUCUGAUAUUCACGUGGUGAUGACAGUAAACAGCGCGUUUACAAUAGACAGCUCUGUAGAUGUCAUACCACCAACUGUGUCUAAGGCCUCUAGAGAAAUAUACCAAGACUACGUCCAACGGAACACUGGCCGAUUAAAAGUGAAGUCAGACUCAAUUGCUGCAUAUACAAAAUACGUUAAUUUUAGCCUGUAA